ACAUUUUUUCUCGCAGCUUUUCAAUCUUUCUCUUUCAAAUAUAGGAGACGGAGACUGAGAGAGAGAGAGAGUUGACAACUGAUAAGGCUUCUCCAGGCAGUAUCUCCGAUUGGAAAUGUCACCGUGCGGGGCUGCCACGGCGGCGGCGAUCAAACAGGCGGAGCAGCUGAGGCAAGACGGCAACAGUUACUUCCAGAAAAGCCGAUUUGGCGCCGCAAUCGAUGCCUAUACCGAGGCGAUUACCUUGUGCCCUAAUGUUCCUGUAUAUUGGUCUAAUCGUGCUUUGUGCCAUCUCAAGCGCAAUGAUUGGACAAGGUUGGAAGAGGAUUGCAGGAGAGCAAUUCAGCUUGAUUGCAAUUCGUUUAAGGCACACUAUAUGCUAGGCCUUGCUUUGCUACAGAAGCAAGCAUAUUCAGAAGGAGUCAAACAACUCGAAAAAGCAUUGGAUCUUGGAAGAGGGGCUAAUCCUAAGAGUUACAUGGUAGAGGAGAUAUGGCAAGAGCUAGCAAAAGCCAAAUAUUUGGAAUGGGAAUACGAGUCUACCAAGCGUUCCUCUGAACUCCAUAAACUGAAAGAAUCCUGUGAGAUGGCUCUAAAGGAGAAACAUUUACUUGGCCUCUCACAGAUGGAAGGUUUUUUAGAUGAGAAGAACGAAGCCUUCUCUAAACAACUCGAAGCUCUGAAUAGUGUUUUCGCGAAAGCUGCAGAAGAUGAUACUCCUCUUGACGUGCCCGAUUACUUAUGUUGUAAGAUAACACUUGACAUUUUACGUGAUCCUGUGAUAACACCCAGUGGGGUUACAUACGAGAGGGCUGUGAUUCUUGAACAUUUGGAGAAGGUGGGGAAAUUUGACCCAGUUACUGGCAAGGCACUGUAUGCAUCACAGUUAGCACCCAAUUUGGCUAUAAAAGAAGCCGUGCAGGCGUUCUUGGACAAACAUGGCUGGGCUUAUCGGUUAGAUUGAUACAUUUACCAUUUUAACCAAUUUAAUGCAUCGUGGUUCACACAUUGUUAUGCCAUUCAUGCAGUCGUGUAUAGUUCAUGUCUUUUUGGCUAUUGGGUCUUCUUCAUUAAGCUGUACAGUGAUCUAUACAAUUUUUACAGAACAUUUUUGAGCUGUUCUCCAUGUCAUCUACAACAAUUUUGAAAUGGCUUGUCUUUUGAAAUGCAGUUUGCAGUUAGAAGGGUCUCUUAGUUUUACCCCAAAUAUAUGUUUAAGCCCCAA